UUACACUCUUUCUAGAAAUAGGACUCUUGAAAAUAAUUGUGGAAGAAAGCAGUGUUGUUUUUCUUUUCUUUUAAACACCUGGACCCCUGAGUAAAAUGAAAGUAGAAGCUUUUUAAAUGUAUCCCUCGACUCACAUUACUGCUGGGUCUGAGGUUUCACAUCUGCAGAGGAAGUCCUGUCUGGGCUCAUGGCUGCCUGUGUUUCCACGUCUUCUAAGGGGCUGAUCUGUUAUUUUAGAUGAGCGGUCCAGUGGUUAAGAUUCUGUGCUUCCACUUCAAGGGUCACUGGUUCGAUCCCUGGUCAGGAAACUAAGAUCCCACAUGCUGUGCAGCUCCCCCACCCCCCCAAAAAAAAAUGUAUUGGUGGAUUAGGUGACUAGAGGAGGCAGUGAGUUAGGGAGAAACGCCUGGGAAUUCUAGGUCCUCACUGUGACCUCCUCCAGCCAGUCUCUCAGAGGGUCCUUCCCAAGCAUCUUGGAAUACUCCCAUAGCCCUUGAGGAGGGCCACCACAGACACAGUGAAUGAUGGGGUUCUGUUGCUCUGGUGACCGGUUGCCGCCAAGAUUCUGGAAAGAGGCAGAUUUGGGUGGCCCAGACUUGGAGGCUGGCUGCAGGCAGGAGCAGAAGCACAGUCCUGGUUCUAUUUUCCCUCAGCGAUGCCUACUCUGUCUGUGUUCACAGAUGUGCCCAUGGCCCAAAAGCUAGAGGGCAGCUUGCUCAAGACCUACAAGCAAGAUGAUAACCCUAACAAGAUGUUCCUGGCCUAUAAAGUCUGCAUGACCAGCAAAGGCAGACCCUGGGUGUCCUCCGUGGUGCGCAAGACUCGAAUGCAGAUUGCCCAAGAUCCCUCCCUGAACUAUGAGUACACGCCGGUGAUGGGCAUGAAAUCAUUCGUCCAGGCUUCCCUGAACCUCCUCUUUGGAAAGAACAGCCAAGUCAUUGUGGAGAACAGGGCAGGGGGUGUGCAAACCGUGGGGGACAGUGGCGCUUUCCAACUCGGGGCUCAGUUCCUCAAAUCUUGGUGUCAGAAUUCUCAGGUAGUUUACAUCGUUUCUUCUCAAAAAGAACCUCAUGGACUCAUCUUCCAGGACAUGGGCUUUACAGUUUAUGAACACACCUUCUGGGACUCUGUGCAUCUGUGCUUGGACCCCAACAUGUUCCUCGAUGUGGUGAAGCAUGCCCCGCACGGCUGCGUCUUUGUGAUCGGGAGUAUGGGCAACUGUCAGCUGACCCCGAGUCAGUGGACACAGUUGAUGACCCUGAUGAAGAGCAAGGAGAUAUUUCCAUUUUUUGACAUUCCCUAUCAAGGUUUAUCCACUGGUGACCUGGAGGAAGAUGCUAGAUUCUUACACUACUUUGUGUCUCAAGGCUUCGAGUUUUUCUGCAGCCAGUCUCUAUCCAAGAAUUUUGGCAUUUAUGACGAAGGAGUGGGUACUCUCGUGGUGGUGGCGCUCAACAACCAGCUCCUGCUGCGCGUCCUCUCCCAGCUGAUGAACUUUGCGCAGGCCCUGUGGCUAAACCCUCCCACCACAGGCGCUCGCAUCAUCACCUCUGUCCUCUGUAACCCUGCUAUGCAGGGAGAAUGGAGACAGAGUCUGGAAGGGGUUGUAGAGAACGUCAUGAUGACCAAGGAAAAGGUGAAGGAGAAGCUCCGGCUUCUGGGAACCCCUGGCUCCUGGGAUCACAUCACUGAGCAGAAAGGGUCCCACAGCUAUCUUGGACUCAACUCCCAACAGGUGGAAUACCUGAUCAGUGAAAAGCAUAUCUAUAUCCCCAAGAAUGGUCGGAUCAACUUCACCUGUAUCAAUUCCUACAACAUAGAUUACAUCACUUCGAGCAUCAAUGAGGCUGUCUGCUUCACAAAGGACUCAGAGAAAUAGCUUCUAAAAGUAAAUGACCCCUGAUUGGAAUAAAGCUUU